UUCCAAUUCUCCAUACACCCAUUCGUCUAUAAAUCCUAUUCCCCCAUUCACACAUUUCUCCUAAUCCCCCAUUCAUCCAUACACUUCCCUUCACUCCCAUACGCCCAUUCCCCAUACCCUCAUUCUCCCAUACCGUCCAGGCACAGGCCCAGGAUCCCUAUGUUCUCGGCCACAUGGACACGUACGCCAGACUCCUCACAAACAUCAAGAAACUGGAAAAGUUGUCUAGUUCUCUGGUGGCAUGCCAGUGACAGUCACUCUGAGUGCUGGGUGGCCAAGGCUUGGUAUCAGACACGGAACGCGGCCCUCAGCUCUCUGGAACGGUCUCGUGCCAGUGUCUUACUGGAGAACGCAUAUUCGUACUCUUUGAGAAAUGCAGAGGCCGCCUUUUGUCAUGCCUCACUAUUCUGGACAAAGCAAGACGUACACUCUGCUGUUCAGAAAUACCAGGAGGCAGUUCAUAUUGACCCUUCUUUCUCUGAGGCCUACGAAGCUCUCGUGAGAUGCUACCUCGUCAUGCGAAGAGACAGAGAGGCCCUAAGCCUCGCUAGAGCUGCUUCUCAGCACAUCAGACGACCUGUCUUCCACUACUAUCUGCAAGGAAUCGCCCUCUCUCAGAAACCAGCUACCACUGACAAGUGUCGAGUUCUGCUGGAGAAGGCAGUAAAAACAGACCCGUCCUACCAACAGGCAGUCAUUCAGCUCAGCAAACUCUACCUCAGAGAAGGAGCUGGGGAGAACGCCGUGGAUCUGUUGAGGAAGCACAGUGAUAUACACAGCUGUCCGCUGGUGCACACAGAGCUGGGCAACUGUCUGACUCUGUUGAAACGCCACCAGGAGGCCAUGGAACACUACAGCCAAGCACUCAUUCAGGACCCUACUUUUGAGAAGGCUCUGCAGGGUAUGGAGUUACUGCAGCAGCAGCUACAGUCAGGAGGAGGGGGAGGAGGAGGAGGAGGAGGGGAUCACGAGAACUCUGAGGACCGAGGCCAGUUGCUGGCAGUCAGACCACUGGACCUGGAGAACCCACUGGAGAUGGACAGUGAUGAAGAUGUGUUAGAGCUGCCUUACCAAGAUCAUAAUAUGUGGUAGAAAAGUGUGGUAAUGAAGGUGAAGGUGACGUGUCUAUUGGUAAUAUACCCAACUGUCUGUUCACUGUACAGAACAUAAUGUAGGCUUUAAUUGUUACCAUGGCGCUCUAAUGAUCUUUAUGAGUCACGGUAAUUGAUUGCGCGCUCCACCACAAUAAGCGCGCGGUGCCCCGUGACUGCGUGCGUGCAAGGUCUUCGCUAUCGUCUGGCGUUAACUAAUGCUAAGCGGUUCAAAUACCAUUGUGCACCCCCCUUUCCUGUAUAUUCCAUAGCUUCAGC